AUGGAUAGAAGUUGGAUAACUCAGUCAAGGUUAAGUUCAGCAUACUUGCGUGGAGUUGAAGAGUUUCUAGAUAUCUCAUUUGAGCGAGUUGGGAAAGAUGGGAGUAUAUAUUGUCCUUGUACUGAUUGUGGCAAUUGUAUAAAAAAAACACGUUCUGAGGUGAGAGAUGACUUGGUGUGUAAUAAGUUUAUUCAGUCAUACACAACUUGGUUUUAUCAUUGGGAAAAAGUGCCAUCAUCUUCUCAACAAACUGAUGUACACACAACACACGAUGAUAUCAAUGCAAACAAAAAUAAUGAUAUGCAUGGAGUCUUACACAAGGGUUUUGGUGUUCCAACUGAAAGGAGGGAAGAGACCAAUGGAGAAAAUGAUCAGCACCAAAGGGUGUCAAAUGAAGAGUUAGAUAAAUUUUAUAGGCUAUUGGAAGAUGCAAACCAAGAGUUAUAUCUUGGGUGUAAAAAGUUUUCAAAGUUAUCCUAUGUAGUGAAACUAUAUUUAGUGAAGACUAAAUAUAAUUGGAGUGACAAAUCAUUCACUGAUCUGUUAAAAGUGAUAAAAGAUGGAUUACCAGAUGGCGAGACAUUACCAAAAACCUUCAAUGAAACAAAGAAGAUGAUUGGUGACCUGGGUCUUAAAUAUGAUAAGAUUCAUGCAUGUCCCUCUGAUUGUAUGUUGUAUUGGAAGGAGCACUCUAAUGAUGAAAUGUGUUAUAAUUGUGGCAAGUCAAGACUCCAAAGAUUGUUCAUGUCAAGUAAGACAACUUCUUCUAUGAGAUGGCAUGCCGAAGAACGAAUCAAGGAUGGAUUGAUGAGACAUCCCGCUGACUCCCCAGCAUGGGAUAGCUUUGAUAAAAGAUACCUGACAUUUUCUAGUGAUCCUCGGAAUGUCAGGCUUGCAUUAGCAACUGAUGGGUUCAACCCAUUCAACACCAUGAGUGUUGCACACAGUACAUGGCCUCCUUUGAUAGAGGAAUUAAAAGAGUUGUGGGUUGAUGGGGUGGAAACUUAUGAUGCUUCAAGAAAUGAGAUGUUCCGUAUGCAUGCAGCAUUGUUUUGGACUCUUUCUGACUUUCCUGGUUAUGCAAUGGUAUCCGGUUGGAGUACAAAAGGGUAUUUGGCUUGUCCUACUUGCAACAAAGGCAGUUGCUUUCAUUUCUUAGAUCAUAGCAAGAAAUUAUGUUAUGAUGGGCAUCGUUGUUUUCUUGAAAAAGAUCAUAAAUAUAGGCGUUGUAAAUCAACAUUUGACGGCACUGAAAAGAGUGUGCAUACAAUGAAUGAAGAUCGGAAGCGUGAAGAUCGGACGCGUCCGCCACACAAUUGGAGAAAGAAGAGUAUAUUCUUUCAAUUACCAUAUUGGAAGUAUAAUCUUCUGCUUCACAAUCUAGAUGUGAUGCAUAUUGAAAAAAAUAUAUGUGACAAUAUACUUCACACAUUGAUGAAUGAUCAGAAAGGGAAGGAUGGAUUAAAAACAAGACUUGACCUACAGGAUAUGGGAGUAAGACUUUUACUUCACCCACAAGAACGUGGUUCAAACAAAUUUUAUUUGCCUCCUGCAAGUUUCACGCUAUCUUCACUUGAAAAAAGCACAUUAUGUCGAGUGUUGAAAAAUGUUAAAGUUCCAGAUGGGUAUGCAUUUAACAUUUCACGUUGUGUGAAAUUGAAAGAGCGUACAAUUAGUGGGUUGAAGAGUCAUGAUUGUCAUAUCUUGAUGCAACAACUUCUAGCCAUAGCCAUUCGUAGGAUAUUGCCUAAGAAUGUUUGCUCAGUACUUGUCGAGCUCAGUAACUUUUAUCGAGAGCUGUGUUCAAAGACUUUUCGGCCUGAAGACUUGAUAAAUUAG